AUGAAGAGGCAAAGAACUGCAUCCAGGGGCCUAUUGGCAUCCGCGCGGAAAACCCUCUACCGCCAGCGGUGGUUGGUUGCUGCCGCGGCGGCUUUUCUGCUUGUCGGCUACUUGCUGCACGAAACCCAGGAGAAUAGCCCUUUUGGUCCUCUAAUUGAUGCCGUUGCCGACGAUGCGGCAUUCCUUUCGGAAGCGCUAGAUGCGGCAAAGGUGGACCAGAAGGAAGAAAACCUCGCGCACUUCAGCAGGGGUAUGAUACAAAUUGGAAGUACAUUGGAAAAGGUCGUUGGGGUUGCGGCGAGAAACAAGGCCGAACCAGCAGUUAUCAUGGAACCCUAUAUAAACCGUGCCGUUGCCAUUUACCGGAGUGCGGUGGAUUUUGCAUUACAGAUGCUGGAUCCUCUGCUCAAACGGGAGGAACAAAAACAGAGGGAAAAUCAGCCGAUGUGGGGCGUUAAGGGCGCCGUUUCGUACGCGACCACAGUUGUCCUUCCUGAGUAUUAUUUUGCCAUUGAUGACACUACCUCACACAGCGCGACGCUGGUAAGGGGAAUGCAGCUUCUUCUGCAGAUAUCAAAUACGUUGCCGAUCGCUGAAACUCCAUCUCCACCCACCAACACUACUCCCAAGACUUUGGUUGAUUGUAGACGCCACGGGACUGACUUGGAGUGGUUGCAAUUUUGUGUGAGCAGUUUCAAGAAUCGCACAACGUUAGCGAUUCGUCGCGCCGCCGUACUAGAGGAACUCAUCGCGCUGCACCCCGAGUACGCACCGCUGCGCCUCCACUACGCAGCUGCCAUAGCAUUAGAUCGCGAUGUCAUCCAAGCACACACCGUGGUUACCUUUAUAACAGGUGAGAUGGAGAAGUCAAGUAAACGUGCUUAUCCAGAUCCUCUCCACGCCGCUAUGCUCCGCCUCUUAAAGGCGUUUGUACUGCCCUUCGACUCCUCCCCCACUCCACCAAGCCCUUCCGAUUUGGACUCCGCAGCGCGCGAGGCAUUAAAGGGUGUCGAUGAAAUUGGAAACUGCAGUAAUCUCAUUCGUCCUUUUGGUGCCGAGAGUAAUAGCAGUUGGAAUCGCCGUUUCCGUGGCGUCAAACGUCCAGAUGUUAUGGAUAAGUGGCAGGCAAAACAACUUUUGAAAGCUAUGAGGAUGCUCAAGCAACGUCUGCAAGCAGGCAGCGAGGGCUCAGAUAUUCUUCCCGCUGGAUUCGCUGAAUGCAGCUGA